AUCGAUUAAUUUCUUAACAAGUUCCCAAGUCAAAACUAUUGUGCUAUAAAUAACUUGGAGUUGGAAACAUAGGAGCAGUGACGAAAUCAAUGAUUGUAAUGGCUAACAACAAAAUUUCAGCGCUGAUUGUUGAUGAUGACUCUAUUAUUCGCAAAAUCCACAAGACGAUGCUUGAGCGUUUAUUUAACAUAGAGGCAGAAACGGUUAAGGAUGGAAAGGAAGCAGUGGAACUGUGUCGUUCUGGGGCAAACUUUGACAUUAUUUUCAUGGACAGAGAAAUGCCUAUCAUGGAUGGUGCUGAGGCGACAAAACAGUUACGUGCUAUGGGAGUGAAGAGCACGAUUGUGGGAAUCACUACCCGUGCUGGUGGCGAAGAUAGAGAGGAAUUUCUAGCUGCUGGUUCCAACCAUUGCUUUGAGAAGCCUCUUGAUCGUGCAAAGGUUGAAGUUGUCUUGCGGGAGCAUAAAAAAUUUACCAUUUGAUUCACCUUUCUCAUUUUUGUAACAGACCAUAUAGCCAAUUUUUUAUUUUAAAAAAAAGAAUACCAUGUAGCCUAUACGACCAACGUUUCUGCUGUGAUGAACUAUCUGCAACUUUAUGUUUCUAUUUGUUAUUAUUGGAACCAAUAGCCUCGCACGUGGCCUAUUUUUUCCAAUAA